UCUCUCCAAACGCUGAAGUUGUCCGACAGAAACACAAGCCCUGACCGUUUCUGGGGAGCUCUUCCAACCUUCAUGAAGCAGUUAGCGAGUAUUCACAGCCUCAUUUACAAACUUGCGGAAAAGUUCGCAAGGGACGCAAAGUGGAAGCUGAGCGCCUUCAAGGUGCUUGCCGAAGCCACGCCUAAUCUGCGCGAGUUCACCCUCGCCGCAUCGGAAGAUGUCCAGGUGGAGCUUCUCGAUGCGCUUCUUAAAAGGCGGGGUGGAGGUGACGACUACUGCCCCAACGCGACAGACAUGAUGGAGGCUCUGCGUAGCGUACAGGUGCUGCCAGGACCUGGCGAGGUGCUGAAGCUCGGGGCCAUCUCCUUUGUUCUCCACCCCGAGUAUGAUGCGCUCUUUGUCCGAGAAUGCUAUCCGCACCUCUUUGAGGCUCUUGUGUGCAAGCCCGAGCCCACGUUGUACAUUGUCACGGGGACGCCCGGCAUCGGAAAAAGCUGGUUCUUCUACUACAUUCUGGCGCGGCUCCUGAAGAGCACCCAGCCACCCCCCUUCAUUGUGUGGGAGCACAUGACGGUGCCGAACAUGGCGUGGUGCUACACACACGAGACAGGCGAGGUGUUCAAGGGGGAGCGUACGAGCUUUGAUGACGUGCUCAUGAACCGCGCCACCUGGUACAUCACUGAUGGUGUGCCACCAAUGCUCAACUGCCUGGCGCGCACUGUGCUGCUGACACCACCCGAUCGUAAGAUAUACAAGGAGAUGCUCAAGCAGAGUGCGAGCUUGCUCUACAUGCCGUGCUGGGAGCUGGGCGAGCUGCUUGCAUGCAGGAGGCUGCUGUAUGGCACCGUGGAUGAGACCCUGGCCAAGGAGCUGUACCAGCACUAUGGCGGUGUCGCAAGAUUUGUGCUGCAACUCCCGAAAGCCAACCCCAGCAAAGGCUUGGACAAGCUGCUGGAGGAGCUGCAUGAGGCAGUGGCCAGCUGCGACACUGAUCAGUUGCGAAUGUCAGUUGGCUCAAUCAGCACGGGGCCGGAUGUAAGCCACAUGCUGCUACACAUUGUGGCCGAUGAGAACUUCAAGAUGCAGCACCUUGUCUUUGCCAGCAAGUGGGUUGCGGAGGAGUUCGUAAAGGAGGCGGUGCACUAUGAGCUGCAGGGCUUAGUCAGCCUUCUAGUCUCCACGUCGGGGGCACUCAAGCGCACGAUUUACGAGGCCGCGGUGCACGCUGUGCUGUCCAAGGGCGGUCGCUUCACUGCUGCGCCGAUCAGCUACGACAGGGAGUCAUUCUGGCGAGGGAUUGAGGAGGCAUUGGAAUUCGUGCCCUGCACAAAGCAAGCAUUCUUCGAGGACCUGCCGGACACCACGGACACACCACCAUACGUUGUGGAGGGCGUGUAUGCGCAGCUGCAGGCUGGCACCAAGCGCGGCGCCGAGAUGUUCCUGGCGGGUGAGGCGCAGAAGCUCGCCAGGACGGAGCAGCCCGAGCCAGCCCCACCAACGCAGCAGCAGGCGCAGAAGCUUGCUCGCGCCAAGGGCGUCGUUCCGGCUGCUAAUGCGCGCGCUGACAAGGCCCAGCCCGCCAACGACGCCGCAGCCAAGAAGGCGGCCGCGGGCAAGGACAAGGGCAAACAGGAGGCCAAGAGGAAGGAGGAGGCAAAGCCCAAGGAGAAGGCCAAGGGCAAGGGCAAGGAGGGCAAGCCCGCACAGCCAGCCGACGGCGCCGCCGCAUCGAAGGGUGCGCCUCCGUCCUUGCGGCGCUAGAAACGCACCGCUCCCAGCAGCCUCGGUCGUCCGCCCAAUCCGCUUUGCGUCCCCAAUGCCGCCGCCCUGCGUCUGCCCGGCACGGCGAGGGGUGCACGGGCUGCCCGGCUGGGUGCUGGUCGGCCACUUGCACUGCGCAUGUGCCACUGGCUGCGGGACGGUGGCUGCGGGUGGCCGCCCGCCAAGGGGCGCGGUGCGGGCGGGUCCGGGGCAGGUGGCGGCCGCCGCCACCAGCCCCAAGGACGACUGGGGCGACAAGCUGGAAUGGGUGCUUGAUGCCGCUGGCGGCGGCGCCAGAGGCGGUGGCGCAGAAGGUGGCGGCGGUGGUGAUUUGGCCGCCGCCGCGGCAGCAGCAGCAGCAGCAACAGCAGCAGGCACAGACGCAGCUGCGGUGCGAGUGGGAGUGCCGCUGCGCUGAGGACCACCCGCUGUCGCUCCGGCCGGACUUCCUGCAGCUUCGUGCAGCUGCUGGCGGCACGAGGGGUGCGGCUGACCUACAGCAACGCUGCCGGGGCCGCCCGGGCGGGCCGCGUUGAGGCGCUGGCUGGGCUGCAGGAUGCCGCCCCCCGGCUACCGGGUCUGCUCCCCCCCAGCCAGCGUGUCAAGUUUCACACGCUGUACGGCGGCGACGCCGGUGUGCUGCGGCGGCUUGGGGAGUGGUACGGUGUCGUGUGUGACAUGCACGGCAUCUUCAAUGACCGCCACGGCGGAUUGUCGUACCUGGAGCCCGUGAGGGGAGGAGGUGGCUGAGGGCGGCGGUGCAGCAGCCUGGUCGGUGGCCUGGGCCGCGGCGGUGAGGCAUGCCGGGCUGCGGAUGCUGCGGUGGCUGCGGAAGCGGCGCGGUGAGGGGGCACUGACGUGGACAUGGACGUGGGUGUGGACGUGGGUGUGGACGUGGACGCGGACGUGGGGAUUGACGUGGACGUUCGGCGGCUGUUGGUGGUGGCGCGGAGGCGCCGAGGCACUGGAGUGGGCGGUGAGGGCGCUGGGCAGGGGCUUAAAACAACAAGUCAUAACAUACAUAUGUCAUGUAUAAGCAUUAGGCAAGGUUUGGUCUUUGGACGGUGCGGCGUGUAUGGGCACGCCCCGGGUUGGACGGUGGGCACUGGGCAGGUCAGGAGCGAGUGGGCUCAGGGCUCCUAUCUCCAGGCCAUUUUUCCGUUUCCUGGACAUUCCUCCCGGGGCCUAAUGCCUGGGGCUAGACUUUUUUGGCCCGGGUUUGGGGCGGAUUCCCGGGGGGUAGGGGGGAAACAAAGUGCAGACCCCAUGCCCUGUAACCAAUACACCAAAA